AAUGAGCCUUCAGGUUUGCUACAGCUGUGGCUGGUCCAAAGUGACGACCUAUCAGGGCUUGAGGGUCCACCAGGGCAAAAUGCGAUGCACACCGAGGGGUAUGAGUAUCACAGAGCCUCAACAGCAGUAUAUGUGGGGAUUUGCUGCACAGAAAAGCGAUGAAAUCAGCUACAAUCUGCACGUCCAGGCGACUGACAAAACUGACAUGAGCCUCCAGGUGUGUCAUUGUGGCUGGACUAAAAUGACGAGUUAUCACGGGCUGAGAACCCACCAGGGGAUGAUGCACUGCACACCAAAGGGACUGAGGAUUCCAAAGGAAGAACAGAAUGCCUGGAAGGAUUACUGGCAACUGCAAGUGGAUGAUAUAAAACGUCCUGUAGCAAAGAAAGUCAAUAUGAAGCAGGAGAACUCCCCAGAAACACCAAGGAUAAGAAACUUAAGCAACCCUGCAGCCGCAGUAACGGUCAAAAAAGAGAAUAAGUCAGCUUCUUUACUUCCUCCACCAUCCUCUCAAAGAGCAACAAGGUCAAAGUUGCGCCAUCAAUUGGAGGAGCGUGCCACACUUUCAAAGAAUCCGAAGGACUACUGGAGCACUGUCGGCUGUAAAAACGAUGCAACCGCAACCUCUAGAAUCAAGGAGGAGCCCAUAUCACCUCAAAAUGUGUCAAUUCGAAGAUACCUAGAUGACCACAAAGUAACACCAAUCAAGGAGUUGGAGGAUUCAUCGCUUUAUUUGCAGAUGAAUCAUUGGCUCAAAGAGAAUCCCACUGUAGUAGUUGCCAAACAAGCCGCCCAACCAGAGGAGCAAUACAGAUCUGUCAUCGAGCACCCAACAACUCCACCUGCAGCCCCACACGAGGCGGAAGAUCCACUGUUGACACCAACAUCAGAGCAGGAAACGCCAAAAUCUCAGCUGCUCACAGAAAUUCAAGAUUGUUUAGAAAAAUCUAUAAAGAAGAGAGAGGAAAAGAUGAGAAACAUCAGGCCAUCAGAGUCUGCUGUUGAGAAUGUGGCCGAGUCAUUUAGGAUGUCCACCGACUCAAUAAUACCAACUGAAUCUAUGGAGAAGAACCAGCCCUCUUUUCCAACCCAACAACGCUCACUCAAGAAACCCAAAGAAAGAAAAGCAGCAGCUGCUGGCCUGAUAAACCAAUCAGUCAGCAAACAUCCAACACCUCAACCUCCUGUCCCACCUAAGAGGAACAACUUACAGUUAUUCACUGGAACAGCAGAGAAAGCUGAAAGAUCUUCAGCCACCAACGGUGGAGAAAUAUUACAGUCAAAGGAAGACAGCGAGAAUGCAGAACGGGUGCAGAAUGUGGGGGCAUCACCAAAAGUCAGCUCACGACUGGAGAAGAACACGUCAUCUUUUGCAACUCCUCCCCACUUAUUAAAGAAACCCAUGGACACAAAAGCAGGAGCUGCUGAGCAGGUGAGCGGCAGGGUGUUGGAACGCCCAGCAGCACCUCCAGCGGUGCCGCCGAAGAGGAACUCACGUACAUUCAGAGUGAAGCAACUGAGAGGGCGAGAACUUCCUAAUGACUUGCAGGGAGCAAAUAACAUGAACAGGGAACUGAAGGUGAAAGAACUGGUGCGGAUGUUUUCUGUCUCUGCAGUCCAACAGAAAACAGCCGGACCCAAGGAGAAACCCGGAUCAGAACACCCACAGGUGAAGCUUCUCGCUCAAAGACAUUCCACCUUCCCUGCCCAGGAGACACGGGUCCGACCAACAGUGGAAGACAGGGAGGAGCAGAUUGCUACAGAUAUAACAGCUGAUUUAACACCAACAGCAGCAGAAAGGUCACAGACGGAGGCUCUAUCACCAUCGGUUGAAGCAGCCGAGCCUGACAUCUCCACCAGCAUGAAGGUGAAGGAACUAGCUCAGAUGUUUUCGGUGGAGGAAACAGCAGCCUGGCCUAAGGCGAAACACGGACAAGGAAGCAGACACAUCACAUCACAGGUGAAGUUUAGGGCUCAAAGAUUUCUACAAACUACAUCCCAGGAAACAAAAGUUCAACUAAAGGAGGAGGAUCAUGGCCGAGUGAAACUGGCACAGAAGUCACCAGACUCUACAAAUACUCCGACCAACAUGAAAACUGCAACAUCAAAGGCCAGCAUGCAUCAGGAAGGCAGAAGCUCAGAUGAAGGCUCCCAGCUUAUAGGUUUCUCCACCGGUCCAAAGGUGAAGGACCUGGCUCGGAUGUUUUCAACUAAGAUCAUAUAGGCAUAAAAUGUCCAACUAAAGGAGAGACAAGAAAAGGAGGAAAAGGAUGUCUGCAAGCAUUACUGUAAAACGAUCUGAAAUAAAGGGAAAAACUAUAUGGAAAUUUGAAGUGGAACAGAAAGCAGAGAGUAUGUUUCCUACUCAGGCAUCCAAUAUAAAAUAUUUCUAAAGUGUAUAUACAAAGGCUGGGUUUUACUUAAACAGCUUCGUAGUUUUGGACAGAAUGGAAAUCUUUGGGAAAGGGGAAAAAUUUUGUGCAGCUUGAGAUUUUAUUAUGCAUUCAGGUCAUAUUCUACUGAAAAUGCCAAAAAACUUUACUAUUACUGGUAAAGGACAUGGACAAAGCUCAUGAUUUUAUGAAAGCCCUCUAUGUAAAAAAAAAACUCUUCUUGAGGAAAAUCAUGAAGUAGCAUUAAGGGCAUGAUCAGAGUCAUUUAAGGUGAUAUUGAGCCGAAUUCAUUAAAAUUAAAGAAAAGAAUAUGCCAUUUACGUCUUGAAACUCAGAAGCUUUAAAAAUCACUAGCAUAACAAUCUGCAAUUCAUUAAUAUUACACUUAACUCUCUAAUGAUGUUCUGAAUACUGCAGAGUCGGUUUUUCUUGACAGCAACAUAUAUUUUUUGUUAACUGGAGUUUCUGCAGGUUAGCCAUAAUAUUCAGCUAAAACAAGCAACACCUGUUUCUGAAGAUAUGUCCAAGUUGACACAUAUCGUGGCACUCUUUAAGAAACUCACGUCCUGCUCCUGCUGAUCAUGUUUUCAUGAUGAACGUAAAGUAAACAUGCUAAUGUUUACUUAAUGCUUCGAUAUGCCUCAUUUAUAAUCUAGCUUGUAACAUACUUUAUUGCAGUUUAUGUUAAUUCCCUGUGGGACAAAAGAUACUGAAAAAGUUAUCCUGUCACGUAAAUUUAGAGCUUUCAUUUGAGCAUCGUAAAAUUUAAUAAAGAGUGUUUCAGCUGCUCUCUGCACAGCUUUUACUCCUGUUUGUUAUGGAAACAAUAUUUUUCAGUUUAUGUAGGGCCUGAUCUUCAAAAGGUUUGCGUGUAAAAAACUGCAUGCAAACCGCUUUGCGUCAGCAAAGCUGAUCUACAAACAAGGUGGUAAUUGUGCAAAAUCAGCAGAACUGCAGAUGCAAACGUUUUAGCGUGUUUGCCUUCAUGAAUAUGCAAAACAUAUGACAAUGACCCAAAAGUGCAAAUUCAUGGGAGGAGGAUAUGCAAAUGCAAUAUCUUACCACCCUCAAUGCCAUUUUAAAUCCUGAAAUGGUUUGCGGGCGCAGGUGCUAACUGGGACUCUAAAAUGUCUGCUGUCACUUUGGCCAGAAGGAGGCAUAGACAGAAUGACAGACGACAGAAUUAGAGAAUCUUCUGUACAUAUGCCAACAGAUUUGGGUUGUCAAAAAUAAAAAUAUUAAAAAUAGAUGAGAGUAGAGGAUUCUAUGAAGGAUUAUCUAAGCUCUGGUUUGGAGUCAAUCACAAACAAAAGCCAGGUAGUAAAACUUGCAACACUUCAUUCAACAUCAUUCAAGCAUAACAUUGCUGUCAGAGAUCCUCUGCUGAACGCGCACAAACAUGAUCAUGGCAAAAUGCACACAGAAUUGAUCAAGCGCGCACAGCCUGUAAUUGCACAUCAUGCAAAAGACCCACUGCGCUUUGAUGUUGAUAAUAUAAUUAAUAGUAAAGAACUAGACAUCAUAAGGCAGAUUGAAUCCUUCAUUUGCAAACUGGAUGCUGAAAUCACUUCUUAGCAGAUGAAAACUCAUCGUUUUAAGGCAGCUUUUCCAUGUGUUGACAAAGACAGUGUAUGCUUUAACUUUGUCACUAAACAAUACACAUGCAUUAUUGACAGUAACGUUAUGUCAUUGCUGGGCAAUUGGAGCUGGAUCGGUUUGAUUACGUUGUUUAAAUGUGAACAUAUGCAAGGGGAGAGUUUUGUUUAUGCAGUUAAAAAUUACUUUGUGUCACCAAAAAACUAUUUAAACAGUCAAACACGUUGUAUAUGGUUAGAAUAUUGGCAAAAUAAGCAAAAUGAAUUUAGUAAAAAUCAUUACAAAAUAAUUUAUUUUUACGUACAUGUUCGACUUUUUUGGAGGACAAUUAUGUGACGCUAUGUUUAAAAUUAGGAAAUCUAUAACACACAGAUUGCCUAUUUUUAUUUUGCUGAUAUUACAUUCAGACUUAAAUAUUGUGCCUGUUUAUGAUGACCUCCAAGCUCUUCAAACAUUUACUCCAAAAAAAACAACAAAACCCGAUGAUUCUCUGAAAAUAAUUAAAAGAUCAAUGGAGACAAAUCAAUGAACAGGCAUUUUUGUCUUUUAUAUUGUUAAUAUUGAUUGGCCAACUUGUUGCGAGUUUUGUCGAGCAAGAAAAGAGAAAUAAUCUCGUCAGGGCAGAUGGCAAACCUGCUGUGAGCAACACAACAAAAGUUACCUAACUUCAACAGUCCAGAAAAGCAAGGGCCAAACGGAACAGAAGGAAAAAAUCAGUAACUGGAUCAUUUAUAAUGAUGCAGCGUAACGAUCCCUGCAUAUUUCUAGCAACAGAGCAGAGGAUCUGUUUGCUUUUCCUUUUGUUCAAACCAGCAGCAGACGCAAUUUCCUCAUUUAAAUAGGGCGGUCUGCACCUGUUUUGCACUUGUUAUCCAUUGCAACACGCCCACUUAUUGCACGUGCAAUUUAUUCAUAGUACACGCAAAUUGGCACCUGCUAUUUAGGAUGUUUGAAGAUCAGACUCAUAGUGUUUUGAAACAUACCAACGGUUGCAUGUGUAAAUCAGCAGGUAGUAGAGAUGCAAUACUGGAUACUGUAAUAUUGAACUCGUUAAGUCUGAGCACAUAUGUAGUCAAAAUUUACAUCAUAUUAACAGUCAUUACUCUGAAACUAGCAAAAAUUCCCAGAUGCUUUUAUCUUGGUGCAGCUGACAUCUUCAGGCUGAGCAGCUCUCCUUGCACCAACUGCCAGUGGGAGCUGAAGGUUAGCAACCAGACUGGUUGUUGUCAGGGCAUGUCAAACCGCAAAGGGAAGCUCACAGGGUGGGGGGGGGACUGGCUUCCAUUUGAUUCCUAAUGCAAACAAUAUGCCGUUUCCAGAGUGUUUAAGUUUCCUUUUCCUUUGAAAGAGAAACCAUAGAGAGUGGGAGUGUUGGAUUUAGCCUGGUUAUGAUCUGAUCCCCGGUACCUAACAGUGUUCAUAAGUGACUAGUCUGGUGAGAGCUGUGCUUAUGAUUAGUUUUUUUUUUUUUUUUUUUGUCUCUUUUGUCUUUUCUGACCAAAUUAGAGGCCUUUAAGAACAUCAGGGUGGAUGGUGAAGAACAGUACUUUGUAUUAAUGUUUAGAUCAUUGUGAAUGUUACAAGUUUUUAUAGAUAUUUAUUUUACUAUGGUAAAGAUUAUAUAAUGUUUUUGAUGGUUAUUCAUACCACUUGAACUGUUUAGCAUUUUUUCCCCUUCCAACCACAAACUUAUAUAAAGCAGUGCAUCGCUGUGCAGUGGAAGUAAAAUGAUACAUUGUUUCUAAAACAUCUCUUUCUAGAAAAUGUUUUAGCUUCAGUUACAGCUCUGAGUCUUUUAGGGUAUUUCUCCACCAGAUUUCCACAUCAAGAAACUGAAGGUUCUGAUGCUGCCUCCACUGAUGAUCUCUUGGCUGCUUGUCUUGUUCAUGCUCUCCUCCAGCUGUCAGUGUAGGUGGACAGCCAUGUUUUGGUAGAUUUGCAGGUAUUAAUUCUCCUUCCAUCUUCAGAUGAUGGAUUGGACUGUGCAUUUUGGAAUGUUCAAAACGUGGGACUUUUUUUUAUAACCUAAAACUGCUUUAAUCGUUUACAUAAAUGAAUCCCUGAGCUGUCUGCUGUGUAUCUUGAUCUAAAUUAUGCUGUUUUAUCCUCUAACAAACCUACACAGAACAGCUGUAUUUAUACAGUGAAUACAUUACACAUAGAUGUACUCAAUUAACAAUAGACUAGAUUUGAUUUAGGGGCCCCAGAGUAAACAGGGUUGAAUGCAGCUGCAGAUUUAAUAUAUAUUGUGCAAAUAAAACUAAAAUUAAAAAGUCACUCUUUUCAGAUUUGUAAUAAAUUAGAAAACCCCAUAUCAUUUCUCUUCCAGUUACAGUUAUGUACUGAUUGGUGUUGGUCUAUUACAUAACAUCCUAAUAACAUACAUUAAAGCAUGUGGUUGUAAUGUUUACAAGGUAAAAAUCAAAAUGUUACAUGUUUGCUUUUAACCUUUUUUUUUUUACCAAUGAUGUCUCUGUAACCAUGACAACAGUUUUUUCCUAUAUUUUGUCAAACUUAAAUUGAUGGAAUAAACAAUUUCUAAAACAA